AUGGACGGCAUUAUGGAACAACUUGAUGCCUUGGGGAGGCGGCAGGACCCGGAACCGCCCGAGGAAGAGCCGUUGGAUCCUUGGUCUCCCGAAUCAUUCGACAUGGUCUCACAGCGCGCACGACGAAAAGGAGCACAGCGGCCGCAGACAUCUAUGGGCAUUUCGCAGCAAGACGAGGGUUAUGAGACCUGGAGUGGAGAGUCAUCCCAGGAUCCGUCCUACCAGAACGGACAUCGAGAGGACGUUAGUGAAAGAGCUCAGCUCGGCAACUAUGUCGAACGUAUGGAGCAUCGCCUGGGAAACGUGCAACGCCAGGAGCCUGGCGGGGCAGAACUCGAUGACCCGCCACGGCCACCACCGAAAGGCCAAGCCUCUGAGCGCCCCAAGUCUUCUGCGGAGGGCCCAUCUGUUCCAGAGAGGAAAAUACGGGCCCGAAAAUCCGCCUAUGACAUUGGUCGCAACCUCAUGGGGCGGACUUUUACGAUCAAGACCAACUCCACGACAACAUCGGCCGGCAACCAAAGCUCGACUACCCAGAGCAGCGAUAGGAGUUUGAUGAGUGGGGUGUCGGCUGGGGGGAUUAGUGCCACAAGCGCAGGUAGCCUGGCGAGAAAGAAGGAACAACGGGCUCAGAGCGCCUUGGGAAUACGUGACCUAGACGACCGCCCAGAAACACCUUUUACCGGAGUGACAUACCACAGCAGCCACGCAUCCGAUGCGCCGAGGCCAAAGUCUCAAGCCGGGCUGCAAGACGAUGCGGAUCCGGCUCUUGGUGGGCUGGUGCAACCAAAGCCGCCACCCAAACGAAGCCUUUUCAAGAAACUCUUCGACACAGCCAAGACGGGCGUUGCAACCAGUCGCACCAGCAUAGCAACAGGCUCCAGCUCAGCCAAGUCACCUUCCCUGGCCAGCUCCAGGCCUCCUGGCUCUUCGCCUUUCUCUUCGGGAAUCUCGUCCAUAAAGGGCUUGGGUAACUCCCCAACAAAGAGAGACGCUGCCCGGGAAAUGGGCCUGGGCAAUGGGGUAGACUGGGUACAGGUCCGGCGGGACAUUAACCGCUCCAACUCUUUGAGCCGGAUUGAGAGGCAUGAACGACGAGACCGGUGUCAAAUGCUGGAUUACCCGGCUCUGAAUCCGGUAGACGAGCUUUACGAGGGAUUAGACGGUGAUGAGGGCGCCGAUGGGAUGCCAGUUCGCGAACCGGUCGACUUCCAAUCGAUCAACUUCAGCCAGGUCGACAAAAACACGAGGUUCGUUGGCAGCCUUCCACCCAUGGUUACGGCCAUCACACUGGCAACGACAUACGUCUGUCGGCCAUAUCGCAGCGAUGUACAGCGGCUUCGAAGCAUCUUCACAUGGGUCGCCGAGAGCAUAUGCUGGGAGGAGGAUUUCGAAGGGCCCAUCGACACCAGGCGAGUUCUCCAGACCAAGCGGGCUUGUGCAGAGGAGUAUGCGGUCCUGGUGCUCGAGAUGUGCACGGCUGUGGGUAUCCACUGCGAGGUUGUUCGGGGAUAUCUCAAGACGCCGGGCGAGGUUCCAGAAUAUGGCAUUAUGCCUCGGCCGAACCACUGGUGGAACGCGGUUCUUGUCGACGACGAAUGGCGCAUGAUGGACUGCUGCCUGGCCAGCCCAUCCAACCCAAAACGCCAUCUCUACUCGGGCGCCAACAGCUCGGCUGCGGACCCGUGGUGGUUCCUCACCAGGCCUUCGGAGCUGUGUUGGACUCACAUCCCCGAGCACCACGAGCACCAACACAUGUGUCCGCCACAGGCGUACGAGGUGCUCCUUCACUUGCCCAGCGCCUGCUCCCCAUACUUCAGGAGCGGGAUAGAAAUGGUUGACUACAACACCUCCCUCACGCGCAUUGAAGACCUAGAGAUGGUCCAUAUCAAGCUCAACGUCCCUCCAGACGUGGAGGUUGCCGCAGAAGUUGAAACGCGAGCGUACGCACGGGACCAGGAUGGCGACCUGUUUGAGACAGGCGAUGUGGUGAAGAAGAGGGCUUUGGCUCAGGCAGAAUGGUUCAAUGGAACUAAACGAUACACCAUCAAGGCGCUCCUACCGGGGGACGAGGGCCAGGGAGUGCUGAAGAUCUACGCGGGCAAGCGUGGGCUCAUGCACAGCAUUAGGGACAUUCCUCACCCCAUGGCGCUUGCCUUGCCCAUUAUGCACAAUGGAGAGAACCCUCCCUACGACUUCGUCACGAGACACCCGACCCCUCACGCGCAACGGCACGACGUCUACGUAGUACAGCCUCAGUGCCAGCGGCUCGCCUUGAACAACACAUUCGUAUUCGCGAUCCGUCAGCACCCAAGCUCGGCAUCGGCUGUGGAAGGCUCGGCGAUGACCCCCUCGUCGAACCCGGGAGGUGUCAGUCCUAUUCCCUUCGCCCGCCCCGGUUCGGCUAUGAGUAUGGCGGCUUCUAGCACGAGCGGGUCGAAUCCGAGUACAGCCAGCGGGUCGGGAGGGGCGGGUAAGAAGCCGGCGAAGCUGGCGAUUCAGACGCCGGGCGGGAAGAUCCUCAGGCUCAUGCGCAAGGAGGAACGGAAGGGUAUCGGUGUCGGUGGGCGUAAUGCCAGGGAAGAGGAGCAUGCCCAUGGCUGCCGCAGCGCCAUGACACCCGGUCUCUAUCCCGCUGGGACGGGGAUAGGUUCUGGGGAUCGAGUGCUCGGCCUGGACUAG